ACACCUACUACUCAGAUAUACCAAACCGGCCAGCUGCUCCUGUCCUCAAUCAUUUCUUGCUGACAGACGCUGAUCUCUGACUGUGCAAUGCAUUGGUUGGAUUUGUUUUAUAACCCGGUGUGGGUACUGUUCACGGCUGUGCUGGCGCUCGUGGUGCGGAUCCAGCGCAGAGGGAGCUGGGACCCGCAGUCCUGCAGCGUGCGGCUGAAGGGGAAGACUGCCAUAGUGACAGGAGCCAACACAGGAAUUGGGAAGUUCAUUGCCUUGGACUUUGCACGUCGCGGGGCCCGUGUUAUUCUGGCCUGCCGAAGCCAGGCCCGGGGGUCAGCGGCGCUUCAAGAAAUCAGGGAGAAAACCGGAAACUCUGAUGUGCACCUGUGUCUGGUGGACGUGUCUUCUCUGGACUCGGUCAGGGAGUUUGCUGAGGGGAUUCUCAAAGAGGAAGAAGCGCUCCACAUCCUUGUCAACAAUGCUGGAGUAUCAGGCUUACCUAGGCAGAUAACCAAAGACGGGUUAGAUGCUUCUUUUGCCACAAACCACCUGGGACCGUUCCUCCUCACCAACCUGCUCCUGGACCUGAUGAAGCGUUCUGCUCCGGCACGCAUUGUCACCCUCUCCUCGGUCAACCACAAGAAGGGCAAAGUGGACUUCUCUCACUUUCGCGGCGAGAACCUCAACUAUUUCAUGGAUAUUGUCUACAACCACACAAAGCUGCACAAUAUCAUCUGUACCAACGAGCUAGCACGCAGGCUAGAAGGGACAGGUGUCACCGCAAACUCCGUCCACCCUGGUAUUGUCACAACUGAAGUGUUGAGACACUAUCCCUGGGGUGUUCGUUUUCUUUUCAACCUCAUUGGACUUUUCUUUUUCAAGACUCCAGAGGAGGGUGCAGUCAGCUCGAUCUACUGUGCGUUGGCAGAGGAAAUGGAGGGGAUAACUGGGAAGUAUUGUGACUGCGACUGCCACUUGGUCCUCCCCGCCCCUUUAGCUCGAGACGCUGCCCUCGCGGUCAAGGACUUUGAGAUCUGUGAGAGGCUGACAUCAAAGCUCUGAGACAACUAUCAGGCAAACGGAGGCUUGAUAACAGAAACGGGGUCAAAUUCCACCCUCACUUACUGCACCUCUUGAGUGAACAUUUGUGAAAUGAUGUGUCUUUAAAAUCAUCAGGAGAUGUUUCUGAAUACAAUUUGAUUGAAGUAAUUUUAAACUCAAUUAAAAAAAUUGCUUUUUGCUUUUUUGUGAACACUAUACCAAAUAUGUAAUGUCGUUUGUUAACCAGUGAAAUAAAAAGGGGUUUCGUGAGACAUGCUGACAUCACGCGGCCAACUCAUACUUCCAUUCUUCUUCAGAAAAUGACAACAGAAGUUCAAUACAGUAUGUGAACAUUCACUUCCCUUUUAUUGGAUGAUUCAUUAAAGCAUAAUAAAACAUUUGAGCAUUCAGUGCUUUUUGAAGAGUUUGUACAGCGUUCAUCCCCUGGUGUCUUCACCCUGGCUAUUUGGCUGUGGAGACAGAGAUAAAGAAAGAACAGCAUAAGGUUUUUAAUCCAAUCACUAUCACUUGUAAGUGUGUAUUAUAAAUAUGUUUGAAUAAUAAAAGAAGAUACAAGGCCA